UUCGAGCUCAGUCGCUAGCCAGACGGCUUGCAAGUCACUUAUACUUUCUCCUCCUUCUCUUCUAACCGUGUCAGCCUGCAAGGGUUUACCAACUAGGGCCAACUCUAUUGAAAGAUCAUCCGUCUUUUAACGUAUUCUAUAAUGUGGUAUGUUGUCAGAACAACAAGCCUUGUGCUUACAUUCCUGGUGAUUUUGCUGGUCGUCAGCGUCGCCAUGGCUAAGCCACGCUCUAGCAAAAGAUCUCCUUCAUUUUCGUCGAAAGAAAGAAAUCCUUUCCUUUGCGAUCCUGACAAGUUAAUGGUAUACAAAGUGACGCUCGCAACCCAUUGGUCCCGGACGUUGUUCCCCAAGCAAUACCCGGAAUGGCGACCCCCUGCUCAAUGGUCUAAAGUUAUCGGUCGCUCUCAUGAUCCAAGCUACACACUCUUCCGCAUCAGCCAAUCUUCAAGUGAAGGAUUUAAGGAGUUUACCGAGACUGGCAGAAGCGACACUUUAGAUGCGCAGUCGCAAGGAGAAGGAGGCAUUUUUGAUGAGUUCAACGCCCCUCCCGUUACUGCUGGCGAGGGGAAGACUGAAGCCGAAUUUUUUGUAGAUAGCAAUCAUUCUAGGGUCUCCCUAGCAUCGCGGAUUGUUCCUUCGCCAGAUUGGUUCGUGGGACUUGACAGUUUCAAUUUGUGUAUUGAUGGCCAGUGGGUUGACAGUGUUGCAAUCAAGGUUGGACCGAUGGAUGGUGGAACUGACAAUGGAUUCACUUUCACAUCUCCCAAUUGGCCAUCCGAUCCGACUGAGAAAAUCUUUCGUAUCACGUCGAAUAUGCCGAACCAUCCCGCUAAUUCGUUUUACUAUCCAGAUCUUAACGAUCUACCACCUAUAGCAACGUUUUUCUUCGUCAAGGUGAAGGAGUAUGCUCUGGCUGAAAUAUUCGAUGCUGUAACGAUGGCCCCCGCUAGCGAAACUCAAACACCAAUUUUAGAAGACACCCUUGUUCAAGGAGCAGAAACGCCAAGUUCCACAACGUCGUCGUCAGUUCCCUCCGAGAAAUACAUAGAACAGCCUGACAGAGACGAAAUCGAAGACAUAGAAGAACAAAACAAUGAAACUCUUCGGAAGAAAUCAAAGAAAGCCGGUGCCAAAUCCAAAGGCGAAUCAACUAAAAAGUCUUCGUUACUUAAGUCAUUGGUGACAGAGUACAGUCGGGAUGAAAGAGCAAAAAAGAACAGACGUGGACGGAAGUGGACCAAUUUAAGUGGGCCACGGCAUUGCAUGGUCAGUGAGUGGGGACCUUGGUCCGCCUGUUCGAAAAGCUGUGGAAUCGGGGAAUCUACACGCACUCGAAAAGUUUUGACACACGCCCGUCGAGGUGGAAACCCAUGCCCUCCUUUAGAGGAAAACAAAUGGUGCGGGUCGUCUCGUGAUUGUUCACACGCUUAUUUUGAUUGGUAGUGAGGACUAUUAUUUUUCUAUUUUAAAGCUGAAUCUUGAAAACGUAAAUCCCAAGAACUGUGCGAGUCUCUUUCUUGUUAACAAAAGAAAACGGAUAGCAGAAUCUUCGGAAUAAUUGGGUGUGAAAUUAUUUAAGGAAAAUGGACGUGUACGAUAACUACUAUCUAAUCUUUUAUAACUUGCUGCUUGUGUUGUAUUUAUGAGACUCGUUUAUUAGCAAAGUAAUCGCGUUCAACGAACUCAACCUACAAUUUCCUACGGCCAUCAGCUGCAAUCCGUUGAAUCUUGUGAAUAGUCGUUACCUUCUUUGAUAGUGCACGUCCCUUCAUUUUUGGAAUGAACAUUAUUAAAAAAUUCACUUGUGUGAAGCAAGUUAGCUAAACCCAUUACAAAAACGCAACAGACGAAAAGUCGAUCUGCUAUCCACGCCUGAUGGGGUUUAUCGCAGUUCGAAAUGUUUCGGAAUCACAAAAUGACUGCAACAUAUCCGAAGGUUUCCAAUGUAAUGCGGACGUGGCCAUUUCACUGCCAUAAUAUUUGAUUAAGCGAAUAUUUUUGUCCUUGUUCGAGUUCUACGUUGUUCGUCAAAAAAUUGCACUGUAUGACUAACCACAAACGUCCAUAAAUAUAUACUUGUACCAAA